CUUAUUUAUAUGGGCCAAAGAAAAAAAAAUACGUCAAAAAUGGGGUACCUAUUAAAUAAAACUGCGAAAUAAGUUUUACUUAAUACAUUUAUUAUUGUUUCUUCUGUAAUCGAUUGUCUAGUGUUUUACUACGUUCAAUGUUUUGAGAUAUUAAAUUAUUAUGAUUAAAGUUGACAGAUAGUGUUAUUUGAACCUCAGAACAAUUCAGAAUGGACGAUAAUACAGACACAAAAAUGUACCAAGUUCUGGUCAACACUCAGAAUCAACACAUAAUUCUGGACAUCAAAAAAUGUUAUGAAGAACAAACAAUAUUUGUCCCCAGCCAAGAUUUAAAAGCCACAAACAGUUCUGAUACAUACAUAGAAUAUAAACAAGAAUCUGAACUAAAUCAAUUUGGAAUCUUCAAUGACUUUCAAACCACUCAAGCUAAUACUAACCAACAAGAAAUGGUAAAAAUUGUAGACGAAGUGAUGUCUGAAGAUGUCACCGAUGAAGGGAUAUUCUCCGAACCAAUGGUCCAUGUGGUCCGUAACAAAUCUCAAACAUCAAGAUUGUAUGCCAGUCAUAUUGUACCAAGCACUUUUAUACAUGACUACACAAACCGCAGUAAAGAAAAAAGUGUUGAAAAUUCAGACAAAGAUUAUGAGCAACAAUCUAAAAAGGUUUUAUUAGUCCCUGUGGUUCUUCUUGAGAACUGGGGACCUAGGUUAGAAAGUAGCUCUUGCUAUUGCAAAGUUUGUCAAAUCCUAUUCCCUACAAGCAACACACUGCAGGCCCAUAACGUGGCAGAGCACACAUUCCUUGUUCCUGCACAUAAUAUUGAACCCCCGAAAUCAAAACUUAAAGGAAUCGGUCAUAUAAUCUUUCAGUGUAAAACAUGUGACAUUUUCUAUGAUACCUAUGAUAAAGCUGUUGAACACUGCCAGAACCAUUUAAAUGAUAUGGCAAACAGCAUUAUCACAAAAAAAUGUUGCUGGUGUGACAAGAAAUUCGACAUCACUUGUAUUAAUAAGCACCGGGCGAUACAUGCUAAAAGUAGAAAAUUUAAGAAGGAUUCUUUAAACUUUCGAACAGUGACAUUUGAUUACACAGCAUUAUUCACGUACAAGUGGAUGGAUAUGUUUCGGGAUGCCAAUAUUUCAAAGUAUCGGAUCUUUUCGCUUACUACUCGAAGUAUUUAUUUUCCAAAUAGGGAUGUAAAAUUUAGAGUUGUGAAAGAUGGGCCAAUAGACGCAGUUUUGUUCAGAUGCGCCAAAUGUGAACGACAUGUUGAUCCAUCAACCCUUACAGACCAUAUUAUUAUGGACUCAUGUGAAAGUGAAAGAGUAUAUGUCUGUCAACUGAACAAUUGCGGGCUGAGAUUCUGCGAAUCUGAAGCACUCUGGCAUACGUCCCAACACCAAUGGUCAGACACAUUUAAAAUUGUCCUCUUCAAUGAAGUAAGCGACAAGAAAUUCAAUGAAACUUUAAAACGGCAUAACACAGAAGCACUCGUUAGAAAAAUAUGUUACUUUUACCGAUGUACAAAAUGUAAUUGUUGCACGGAGAUCGCAACUGAUAUGGAUACGCAUAAAUGUUGUUAUACGGUUAACAGAAUACUCUGCGAAACGUGCGACCUAUUUUUCUCUUGUCUCAAAAUAUAUAUGAGACACAAAAAAUAAUAAUAAUAAUAAAAACACUUUAUUGCACACAAAUACACAAAACAUUUACAGGAUAAACUUAUUCUAAGGUGGGCAAAGGCGGCCUUAUCGCUAAGAGCGAUCUCUUCCAGACAACCUUCGGCAAAGGAUAUGGUACAUUUGUACAGCUGCAGUGUAGCGCGCAAAUACGUAAAAUAAAACAAUAGACACAUUUUAUAUAUACAUACACAAUCUUAUAUACUAAAUAUAUAUAUU